UGCUACUACUUGAAAUUCCUUCCUAUGAAAUACAGUACGUUUAGGUGAUUAAAACUGUUUACCGAUGUUUCAUUUUCUUUGAGAAUUUUGAAAUGUCAUUUACAAAUAUGGCAGUGAAAAAAACAGCGCAGUGUGUGUUCUAUUAAAGUUAAAAUCAGAGACAGAGGAACACAGAGAGAAAAACAGGAAAGGCAGAAGGAUGAGUAAUAAAACAGAUGAUUACGAAACCAGCUUCAUUUAUUAGGAUGAGGAAGAAGAAAGAAUAAUCACAUAAAACAGAAAGCAUCAAACAUGAUCACAGAAAAAUAUAAAGGAAGACAAGAACUAUAUUGCUAGAUAUACAAAAUAAAGAGCAGCCAGUACCGGCACAAAUUAUUUAAGGACUUUCAUCAUGGCGGAAGAAGUGACCUAUGCUUCAUUGAAAUUCAAUAAUCAGAUUGUUACACCAGUCAGUAAUCAACACAGCAAUACAAGUAAAAAAGAGGAGACAAAACAGGAAGCUGUACUGAUUAACCAGAAGAUCAAGAAACAUCUUAUGACGUUGUUAAUCUCCUUCAUUAUCACAGUCAUCAUUCAGCUGAUAAUAAUCAUAUUCCUGAUUAUUUGGAAUGUUCAGAUAUCAAAGCAGAUAAGUCAGCACAAAAACUUUACUGAUACUCAAAAUGCUCUUACCAAAGAACUGCAGCAACUGAAACGAGAGAAUAAGAGGAUAACAUCUGAAUGUAUUACCCCCUCAGACAAUUGCUAUAAAACUACAACAGUAAAUGAAUAUACUUUUACAUAUUUUCCAUUGGGUGGAAAGCUGUAUAAUAACCACUACUAUUUCAUGUCCAACGACCAACUGAACUGGAAUGAAAGUAGAGAAUGGUGUAAAACCUGGGACUCUGAUUUAGUAAUUAUCAAUAGUACAGAAGAACAGGAGUUCUUAGCAAAGGAGAUAAAAAUGAAGAAUAACCUUCACUGGAUUGGUUUAACAGAUGCUGCAGUGGAAGGAGUAUGGAAAUGGGUGGAUCAGAGUUUAUGCAAGCACAAGGACAAGCAGACAACGUAUUUUUUUGAUAAUGAACCUGACAAUUUUAAACAUAGUUCUAAAACAGAUGAAGACUGUGGCAUUAUGAGACCUGAAGAUGGCAAAUGGGGUGAUGUCAGAUGCAAUGACAAGUACCAGUGGAUCUGUGAGAAGCAGGCAAAUGUUUGUUCUUCAUAAAGACAGUAUAUCAAUGACUGUAACAUAGCCUCCAUCCAAGGAAUUUAAGAAAGAGAACAAUGAAAUCACAAAGGAAUCCUACCAGAAAACAAAAAGGAUGUUAACACUUUUGUCUUUAAGAAAUAUGCAUCCAUUUAAAUAUAUUUUGCAACAUACUGUUUGAAAUUCCAAUGUUUGCUGGUGGCACCACAGCAUAAGCUCACUGUUAACAAUGUUAGAUUAUUCUUCCUCAGUGCAGUUCUUGAAAUAAUAAACCAUUUUUUAAUACUUUCUAUGUAAUGCAUUUUCAGGAAAAGAAAAUGUGAUAAUUAUGAACGUAACUACAUUUUUUUUAUUUGCAUUGUUUGUCUCUUGCUGUACUGGUGAUAUACAAGGAAAAGAACGUCGGUGCUUACAACUGAUGGCUGCACAGCAUAAUGGCACCACUACUGCAGCUAAUUCCUAUUGGUUGAUGCAUUGUCUUGUAACUGAACUGAGAAAAGAAUAAUAAUAGUUUAAGGAUGACACAUUCAAGACCUGAGAGAGAGGUGAUGGGAGUACAGUAAAAGGAGGUAAUCUGAUGGGUAAAGGGGAGGGUAUGGUAUCAAAACACAAAGAGUUGUCAGAAUGAAGUAAAGAGGAGGAACAAAGACAUUUUAGGAGUGUAGGAGAAAGAAGGAAAAGUGGACAGACCUGGCCUGUCUGAAUAAAGACAAGAGAGAGAGGUUCUGGGAGACUGUGAAAAGGAGAGGAAUUGAAUGAAUACUUUGCUUCCCUUUCUAACAAGAAAACUAAGGGGUCGGUUCCAUACUAUGAGUGAUGGAUGUAAAGAAAAGAGUUAUGAACAUGGUGAAGACCACAGGGGAUAUAUAUAUAUAUAUAUAUAUAUAUAUAUAUAUAUAUAUAUAUAUAUAUAUAUAUAUACAGAGAGAGAGAGAGAGAGAGACCUAUUCUCAAAUGAAAUAGCCAAAUUAUGGAGCUCUGUACCCCACGUUCUCCAAAACACAUUGGAAUCUACCAGUUUCAAACAGCAACUAUUUAAACAUCUAUCCAAGAACUGGCAUUGCUCCUGCGCCAAACCUGACUGACAAGAUAUAUAUAACUCUGUCACCAUACUGUCUACUCCCUCUCCGCAGUGUUUAUUACUACUCAAAAAUAAAUUUAAAGGAAAUAUCA